AUGGCGGUGCGCAUACCGCUGUUUUUAAAGAUGUCACCCUCAGCUUCGGUGGGGUGUAGGCUGCUUUUUAAAGAGCAAAAUCCAUCCAGAGAGGUGUUUAAAUCUCUGACAGAGCUCUGCAGACGAGGUAAGACACUUUUUUGUAAGUUAUGUUGAGUGAACGGUGUCACUAAAUGAGUUGUUCGGAUGGUGUUCGGCUAGUUUCCACUGAAAAUGUGUUUAAAGUCGACUUUGCUUCACCUGUCAGCAACAGUUUUGACUUUAAAAGUCAGUUAGUUUUUACUAAGUAUCAAUGCUUUUCAUGGGGAUUAAAGGAUACUCUGCGAAAGCCCAGGAGGUGGUGGAGGAGAACGGUACCAGCGGAACCAGCACCGCCGGGUUCACCGGACCUCUGGAUCACUACAGCGGGCUGAUCAGGGACGGGACGCUGCGGGAGGAUGAACACCAGAAAGCGGUGCUGGAGAAACUGGAGCAGCUCCACAAGAAACUCCGAGGAUACAGCAACACACCGACAUCUAUAUUCUCCAAGGUUAGAGGGAGAAAAGGCUCAAUCUGUCAUUUUUUCAGACUCUUAACAAGUUUUUGACUGAUACAUCAACUAAAACAAAUAGUUAUAUCUCUGGGAUAUUUAUACUUUUCUUGUGAUUUGCAAGCUCAUAACCAUAGACUGUAUAUACUAUUUAUUUAUGUAUAUAUUUAUUCUAUAUACAGCCUAUGAUCAUAACCUGGCUGAUGAUUUUGUCUUUGCCAACAUGUCUUUCAGUUUUUCACAAAGCCGAAGCCCCCUAAAGGUUACUACAUUUAUGGUGAUGUUGGUAAGAGAGACCUGCUGCAAAUAUACCAAUAUAAGGAUUGAACUUUCUCUCUCCUUUUAAUUGACACACUUUUUUCUUGUUCCAGGCACAGGGAAGACCAUGGUGAUGGACAUGUUUUACUCCUAUGUCGAGACUGAAAAGAAGAAAAGGGUGCAUUUCCAUGGCUUCAUGUUGGACGUGCAUAAAAGUGAGAACAAGUCAUGUUUUUACCACGACAGAGGUGUUCAGUCUUUUUUCAGAGUCACGUAAAAGGGAUAUUCCGGCGUAAAAUUAAUUUAGGGUCAAACACACUGUAACACCGAGUUAGACAACCCCGCCAAGAGAUGAAUGUUGGCAAACGCUUGCUUCUCUAGUUAAACCAACUUUAGUAAUGACUGCAGGAUAGUAAUACACAACGGUCUGAGGAGCCACAAACAAACCUCAACCAAAACAUCGCUCUAUAGCCACAAAUAAUGCUCAGAACAGCACCAGAAUAUCCCUUUAAGUCUGAUUCUUUAUCGUUAACAUUGGUUUAGGUACAUUAAAAUGACUUCUGUCUUUCUUUUGGUCCUCAGGGAUCCAUCGACUGAAACAGAGUAUGCCUAAGAGGAAAGCAGGAAGAAUGGCCAAAUCUUACGACCCCAUCGCUCCUGUUGCAGAGGAGAUCAGUGAGGAGGCCUGUCUGCUGUGUUUUGACGAAUUUCAGGUAACCUUAUCAUUUUUCAACAAACAUAGGAUGUAUUUUGGUCGAAAAAUGUUUGAUCAAUGUCAGUCUAAUGCUGGAAUGAUAAUUCAUAUGCUUGUUUCAGGUCACAGAUAUUGCCGAUGCCAUGAUUUUGAAGCAGCUUUUUGAGAAUCUUUUCCGAAACGGUGUCGUCGUUGUGGCCACCUCUAAUCGUCAGCCUGAAGGUGAGGAACAAAUGCUGCAUAUUUAACAGUUUUCCGCUCAAAAAAUCUGCAGAACGUAUGUGCCUUUAGGAUAUUAAUCAGUCAGUGUCUUUUUUUUAAACCUUUCAUGUCCUACUCUUUUCCCUCAGACUUGUAUAAAAAUGGUUUGCAGAGAGUCAACUUUGUCCCUUUUAUCGCUGUAUUGCAGGUAAGAAAGGAGAUACUUGUAUUAGCAGAAAAUAGAUAGUCUUUCUCUCUUUUCACUUUUCUGCUCACAGCUAAUCCAUCUCCUACAGAACCACUGUCAAACUUUACGCCUGGAUUCUGGGAUAGACUACCGAAAAAGGAACAGACCCUCCGCUGGGAAACUUUACUUUCUGUGAGAAAUCCACCAAGUAAACCAGUCUGCUGUUGUAUGUCAGAUAUGGAUCUGUUAUGUGCAGUUUUUUUUAACGCUUCCCCGUUUUAUUUCCUGCAGCUCCAGUGAGCCGGAUGUAGAAGUGACAUUAGACAAGAUGUUUGAUGAGCUUGCUUUUAAGCAGAAUGACAGUAAGUGGACUCUCAGGAUUGUCGUUAUUAUUCGGCUAGUUUCCUCCACGUCACCCUUCGCAGUAAAAUGCAAAAUUAACCGUAUAUUUUUUUCCCACAGUUACACGACCGAGAGUCCUGAACGUUCACAACAGGAAAGUGCGUCUGAAUAAAGCAUGUGGGACCAUCGCAGACUGUACGUUUGAGGAGCUGUGUGAUAGAGUGAGUCUGACCCUGACACUCAAAUAGAAAUCUACACACUUUGACUUUAUUACAACAAAAGUCUCUUGGUGCAUCAGUUUUGGCUUCUGUUCUUCGGUAUCUGGUCUGUAAUUUUGCUGAUUGACUGAUCUCUUCUGUUAUUUGGUUUAUAUUCAACAUUUAUUGUGUCUGGUAUCUUAAAUAUUGAAGGUAUGCUGCUUUUCUUUAUCGCCUGUGAAAGUAAAUGAGUGGUUUUCAGAGUUUGGACUGCUGGACACAGUUUUUAGACAUCACUACAGCCUCUAAAGGUGCAUAAAUUUAAAGAAUAUUUGACGCACACUGGGCUAUUAUCUUACAUAGAUUUUUUUUAUUCACAGAGGAAAUCAUGCCUGUCAUUUUAUGCUCAUUUGCCCACUUUGUGUGACUUACAACCAGAAUUUUAAACUCUGUGAAGCUGCUUUGAACACCUCUUGGUUGUCUGAAACUUUCCAGGGCUAAGUCCCAAAUCCAGGGGGGGCUUUGAGGAACCAAGACUUUCAGAUAACGUGUAUAAAUGAAAAACUCAGCGUACCUGGACUAACUGUAGUUUAGGCUUUAAAAUCAAGAGAGGGACCAUGUUAUAACAAUGCGAAAUAUUCUAGCCUUUAGGGGCCAGCGACUACCUGGAGAUGUCCCGCCUGUUUGACACCAUCUUUAUCCGCCACAUUCCCCUGCUGACGCUGAACAAGAAAACUCAAGCCAGGCGGCUCAUAACGCUGGUGGAUGCUCUCUACGACCACAAGGUACGGCGCUGUUAUCUGCCGAAACAUGAACCCUCAGAAAUCACCAAACUUUGCUUUCCUUUGGUCCUCAAGAUUUUCAUCACAGAAUCCUUUUAUCUGAUCUUAUUUCAGGUGCGGGUUGUGAUUCUUGCUGACCACCCUCUGGAGGAUAUUUUCGUACACGAUGGCGAUCACAGUCACGAUGAAAGCCACAUCCUGAUGGACGAUCUGGGACUCAAAAGGGUGAAGGCUGGCUCGGACUGAGUUUUCUCUGUUAAACCAGUUUUUCACGUUGGGGUGUGUCGUUUCCUCGUAAAUGUAGAUAAUUAAGCUGUUAGUGAAAGGAGGUUUUAACACACAAGUGCAGUCAAUCAGUUUUUGUUAUGUGCACAAGAAUAUCAUCUGAACAUGAACUACAGUAUUUGAGCUCUUGAAGUUCCUUACAGGACAAAGGGAAAUCAAUGUUUACUUUAUAACUGAGAUCUUAACUUAAUUUUUCUGUCAGUUUUACAUUACAGAGUCUAUACAUCCUUUCAAAAUGUCAUUUUUCUUCUCACAACAAAUUUUAUGUCAAUCUCUUGAAUAGAUUUACACAAAACUGUCCUUGGAGUCUGGGCUGCACUUUGUUUUUUAAGGCAGCAGCUUUUAUCAGAAUCAGAUUCUGAUGUGUAAUUUCUGCCUCAAAUCAUUCUGAUUAGAGAUAACAACUUCCCUUUUUCUUAUGAAGGCGAGAUAAACUGGUUUUAUCAAACUGUGUAAACGUGCGUCAGGUUUUGAGUCAGAAUGACACUAAUCAGACAUGCACACUCAAGAAGAAGAAGCUGGGUCUCCUGUUUCUAACUAGCAGUGCUGGUGCUUGAUCAUGUACAUACUGUAAAACUUCAGUCAAGAGACAAGAGCAAUACUAGAUAUUAAAAGUUCAGGAUGUUUUUAAGUCUCAUUAAACUUGAGCAAACUUCUCAAAAUUCCAAAUACAGGAUGAGUUUACAUAUUUAUUUUACUUCUUCACUCUGUUCUCUCAUCAGGACGAAGCCAGCAGUCUGUCCAUCUUCAGCGGGGAGGAGGAGCGAUUUGCCUUCCAGAGGACGGUGUCUCGUCUGACAGAGAUGCAGACAGAGGACUACUGGAUAGAAGGAGACAGAAGUAUAAAGUCAUAG